UCUACACCAACAUAGCAACCUCCUCUACAUGGCCAACAUAACUUAUACCUGGAAUAGGGCCAUCAGGUCAUCACUAUUAGUCAACCCCUCCGCUUCGAUGGGCACGGAUUUGGCCCUCGCUGGUGAAUAUAGGAAAAAAAUAUGUAUUGGAUUGAUUAAUAUUGAUUGAUAGUUUAUUAUUGCAAGUAAACAACUAAGGAGAACCGGUAGAGUUUGAAAUCAAGGCAAUAAGGGAAGGGAAGAAAUAAUCGCUGGUUAAUUAAAAGGGUGGGAAUUACAAGCAGCCUCAUGUGACCCCAGUGACCCAAACCCCACUGAAAUUAUGGCCUAAGUUGACCCGGGGAUAAAAUAGUUUGCAAUGAAGUGAAAUAAUAGCUGACCAUAACUUUAUAAUCCUCUUUUUUGUUCUUUGCUCUUUCUCCUUCUCCUCUGAAACGGAAAGAGAAGGGUAAAAAAAUCCUAGAAUUGGCCUUUUCAUUUCUGCCUAUAAUUCUUAAGCCAAAUGAGAUAACUAUUGUCGUACUUAGCCUCAUGUUUACCGAUUUCCGACCCCCAAACUGUCUCCUGCACUCCAAUAACUACAUUUAUUUAUAGUUUCCAUUUAAAGGUUUAAUUAUUAGUGUUUCUUCUCUAGUUAAGUGUCUGAAAACGGUAAAUACAAUGAUGGAUACGAUAAUCUGGCAACGCUGCGCGGGGUUGAGUUUGUUUCAUGGAGGUAGAAUUAGUGGAGUCGACACGACCCGCUAAUCCCAUUCAUUGUCAAAUUUACGGCCAAAAGAUGGGGGUGAGCGAGCCUGGCUGAGCCCAUUAAGAGGGAGCCUGACCUGAAAACACCUGACACGUGGGCCGUAAAAAUGACACCUCUGGCGGAUUCACUUAACUGGGCUGAUGUCGACUCCACCAAUUUUACCUCCAUGGUUUGUUUACCUUCCCUCGACCGGACAGUUUUGACGCCGGGCUUCGACAUUUUUUACCUUUUCCACAGUAAGUUAAGUUUGUUUAGCGUUGUGUGGCUUCUCAGCGUGUGCCUGUGUGUGCGUGUUAGCCAUGGACAUCGCCACAGGGUCGGUGCAUGUGGGAAAAGGGGAAAAAAAAUGGGUUAAAUGAAAGGGCUGCGGCGAGUUCCGGGUUGGGGGCGCGGGUUGUCAACUGUCAAACCGGGAACUUACUUACUGGGCCUUACUUAUUUACUUACUUACAGGACCUUACUUACUUGUUGGGCUUUACUUACUUACUGGGCGUUAGUUACUUAUGGGGCUUUAUGUACUUACUGGCCCUUACUUACUAACCUACUAACAGGGGGUUACUUACUUAUUGGGCUUUAUGUACUUACUGGGCCUUUCUUACUAACAAGGUCUUACUUACUUAAUUACUGGGCCUUACUUACUGGGAUUCACUUACUUAAGGGCCUUACUUACCUCACUUGUGUAACCAUGCAUUGGGUGAUUGUCAAUAUUGAAGUCAUUAGCCUACUAUCAUCAUUAUCAUCAUUAUUUCAAGAUACAAUUUGAUAUGGGUUAGUGCUGGGUGAGAUAAAAAUACACAUUAUUUUUAUCAUUAUUUUUACCAGAUGGCAGAGGCUACACCUAAGGGCGACAACUCCUCACCUCCCCACAAGAAACAGCGCACAGACGACUGCAGCGACGCCGUGGACAGCACCACCGACCAGGGCUGUGUGGGCGACCGUGAUCCGGCCUUCCUCACCAGCUUCCAAGACUUUCAGAUUGUGCGCAUCCUUAGCCAUGACGAGCAGCACAAGUCGGUGGUAGUGAAGUGCUGCAUCAAGGGACGGGAGGGUGACGCAGUGGUUCAGCUCCAGAAGUUACCUUUCAACACGGACAAACUCGAGGACAUCCUAAGCAGCGGGACGAGCCUCCGGACACUCUUCCAGAACGACAUCUACUACAACAAGACAGCGUUGGUGCCCCCGGAGCUCAACGAAGUCAAGGCCACUGUUAUCUACCCAGCAAAGAAGAAACACAUCCAGAGGUAUGAAACACAUCCGUCCUCGCUCAUCCACGAGACUCCACAGCUGUACGAGGAGGUGACCAAACGGUACAUCGAGACCUCAUCCUUCAGCAAAGAGUGGAUCUACAACAUCCUGGACCACAAGAAGGAGUCCGAUCGCAUAGUCUUUGAGGACCCGGACGCUGACACAGGCUUCAUCCUUGUGCCGGACUUGAAGUGGACUGGGGAGCAGAUGGAGGACCUUUACCUUCAAGCCAUCGUUCACCGCAGGGACCUGGGCUGCCUCAGGGACCUCACUGCCAAACACCUGCCCUUGCUCAGAAAUAUGCAGGAAAAAGGCUCAGCGGCCAUUAAGGAGAAGUAUGGUAUUCCUGCCCACAAGCUGAGGGUUUACCUACAUUACCUCCCCUCCUUCUAUCACCUCCAUGUCCACUUCACGGCGCUCUCCUUCGAGGCUCCAGGCACUUGGGUCGGCAAAGCUCACCUGCUGUCCUCCGUCAUCAGCAACCUGGAGACCUGCUCGGAGUAUUACCAGCGGGCAACCCUUCCCUACACCCUCAAGGAUAACUCCCCGCUCAGUGCCAUGUUUGAGGAGAAAGGUUACUUCUCCGCAUAACAAGUGCAAGGUAUCGGCCGUGUCUUCGUUUGUAUUUUUGUAUCUGGCUGCUGCACCGCGACGGCUCUGCUGCGUUGGCAGACAAUACCUUUUUAACAUGACGGUGAAAUGUUUUUAUAGCUAUAAGUAUAUAAAGAAUAAGUAAAAAUACACAAAUGAAAAAAAUAUGCAUAAAUAUAAAGCAAAAGUGAGUAAAUAUUAGUCAGUAA